AAUCUUAUAUGAAUAUAGAUGAAUCUGACCAAGAGGAUCAAGAAUCAAAUUCAGAUAUAGAAACUGACAAUGAUGAUAUAAUAGAAUCAAGGUUAACAUCACCUUUACCUCUAAACGAAGAGGAAUUAUCCAAUAAAAGAUUAUUAGCCAAUAAUAAAGGAUUUGAAGAACUUAAUUAUGAACUUCAAGGAAUUUCAAGUGAAUUUGAAGCUGCUGCUUGGUUAGCUAAACACCUACGUAUAUUUGAUUUAGCAUUUGAGAUAUACAAUGCAAUGUCACGAACUUUGAAAAAUUCUCAAGAAACUUUAUCAAAAUUAAAGUUUUUGUUGAGUGAUAGAACGUCAUUAAUUACUUUAACAAUGAUAGCAAACUUAGAACUUGAAGCAAAAGUAUUAUUUUUAAGAACAAGAAAUAAUACUCCUGCAUUGUAUACUGAAUUAGCAUCUGCUGUAUGUGGUAUCUCCAAAGUUGACAAGCAAAUGCUAGCAUUAAUUAAGAAGGAUAUAUGGUGUGAGAUACUUUCUCAAUUUCUUAAAGCAACAAAACAGCCUGCUCUUCAUAAGAAAACUGAUAUGAAAGUAGCACUUUGUAGUUGUGAUGCAAUUACUGUCAACUUGCUAAUUUCAACUGUACUUGGUGUUGUUGCUCGUUUGCCAGUUCAAGAUUUAUUAAAAUGUAAAACUGGUCAGCAAAGAAGUAAAUAA